UUUGCAAACAUACCUGAUCGGCACGGCAUGGACGCGUUUCUCGAGGUCGCGAGCCCCGUCAUGCUCACGGUCAAUGCGGCAGCGGUGCUGAGUCUCGCUUUGCUACCGACUCGGUGGUGGCCAAGCGCCGGCGCCAUUGACAGCAGCGGCGCGGACGACAUUUUCAUCGCCGAGAAGAUCAAGCGGCUUUGGCGACCGUAUUUUGACCACUCGGACGCCGUGUUUCGCCACAUGCAGAGCUCUUUUGUCGCAGCGUCCAUCGCAAGCUACGCUUCGGAGCUGACGAUUCCGUGGCUGCGCUACCCGUGCUUCAGCCUUAUUCUAGUUGCGAUCGCGCAUUCCUACUGCGUCGUGGCGCACACUGUCGGUCAAAUGAAAGCCCAAGGUCAGCGCGAGCAGUGGGAGUCUCUCCGGGACGAGCGCGAACGCUAAAAAGCUGUCAGCACGAAG